GAUUCAGCGACGGAGCGGGGGCUUGCGGCAGUUCCACAAAAGUUUACGACGAUCCACAUUACGAUGCGGUGCUGCGUAGCCGCGCUGUUCGCGCUCGCCACGUUGGCCGUGGCGGCAGCUGCCGACGCGCCGCGCGACUCGCCACAGGCUGACACUGACGUAGAGCUGACGGAAGAAGAGAAAAGAGCGUGGUCGAGCUUACACGGAGGGGGAGGCUGGGGCAAAAGGGGCUGGCAGGACAUGAGCUCCGCCUGGGGCAAGCGGGGCUGGCAGGACCUCAACUCCGCGUGGGGCAAAAGGGGCUGGCAAGAUCUCAACUCGGCUUGGGGCAAGAGAGGCUGGCAGGAUCUCAACUCAGCGUGGGGUAAACGAGGAUGGCAAGACUUGAACUCGGCGUGGGGAAAGCGCGGCUGGCAGGAUCUGAACACCGCGUGGGGCAAGCGAGCGUGGAGGGAUCUGUAUCAGACUCCGUGGGGCAAGCGCGGCUGGCAAGACCUUAACUCGGCCUGGGGCAAACGGGGCUGGCAGGACAUGAGCUCGGCGUGGGGCAAGCGCGGCUGGCAGGACAUGAGCUCCGCCUGGGGCAAACGUGCGCCGGAGAAGUGGGCCAACUUCCACGGCUCGUGGGGCAAGCGCUCGACGGAGCCCGACUACGAGGACUACGAGCUGAUAGAGCGAGGCGCGCCGCUGCUGCAGGAGGAAGCCGAUCGCCUGCCGAUGGACAGUCCGGAGAAGAAGGCGUGGUCAGCGCUGCACGGCGCCUGGGGCAAGCGGCCCAACAAGCCGCAGCUCUACAACAGCGGGGCGUAUUACUGGAAGAGAGAGCCGGGCUGGACGAACCUAAGGGGCAUGUGGGGCAAGCGCGCGCCCCAGGAGCUGCCCCUGGACGACGAGCACGACGGAGCCGCAGGGGACGAGGCCUAGACUACUGGCGACGUAACAUACGAGUAGGUGCGCGAACUGCUGUCUACUAGUCAUAUCCGAUAUAAUAUUCACUAAACAUACUUUCUUAUACCUAAGUUAACAUUAUGACUCCAUUCCCGCUGGAGCCUGUACGAUACGUUGGCGGCGUUAGUUCCUAGAUAUUGUAUUGUUUAUAAUAUAUAGAAUAUCAUUUACUUCACAUUGUUAUUGUUUAGUAAUUGAACGUACAAAUAUAUUGUAACUAUGUCACCUUCUAGUGUAGACGUUACUAGGUCUUGCUCUAACGUGCGCUGUUACAGUCCAACCUCAACGCCAUUAUAAAACAAUAUUUACUGGGAAAAAUGAAAAUACAAUAUUAACCGACAACCUAAUUGAAAUCAAUUUUGACUGAUUAGCAGUCAAUAUUGGCUUAAACUGACUUUCUUUGUCGAAUUUGUAGCGACAUUGUAAAAUUAAUUAAAAUUAGGUAGGAAGUCUGAAGUAUUGUGUUGUAAAAUCAUUACCUUUCAAAUGAAUUGUUUUUUUUAUAAUAUUUGACAUUUAUAAUUAGUUAUUACUUAAUUUCACACUUAAAAUUAGUUUUAAAUCUGAUGAAACGCAUUAAACUAACUAAUAUAGAUUGUAUUGUAUAAAGCAGACGAAUAUUGUUUUUUAAUUGGGGUGUUGGUUAAUAUUGGUUUUGACUUUAAUUUCAGUCAAUGUACGUAUUGACCGGCGAUAAGUUUCGACUGUAACGUGUAUUACAAACAGGAUUAAUAUAGUACCGCUUUUUAUAUGCUUACUCGAAAAAAGUACAGUUACGUUAUAUUUAUGAAUGCCCUUAAAGGAUAAAAGGGACGAAGGACAAAAUGUAACUCUGUAACGCUCUUCGGGUUUUUUUAAUCAACAUAAUUUAUUUCUGUUUAUGUUUCAAUUUCAACUAGAUAUCUCCAGUGCCUAAUAUCUAUUAUUGCUUAGCGAAUUUGCCUGUAUCAGCUUUGCUACAAUAUUAGCUUCAUAUUUUUUUUAAUAAUGACAAAUAAAAUAUAAUAAAUAAAAAUCAUAUUCACGGAAAAAUAUUGCAACGUUUUUUUUAAUUUAAAUUAAUUUUAAUAUUUCAAUAGUUAUUUACUCAUGUGGAAAUACUGCAACGUGUUGAACCAACAUGUCGUAAAUUCAAAUUCCCUUUAGUAUCUAGGUAGCAAAAUGGACUUUUACUUUUUGAUAUCGCCGAGCAAAGACAACUUUUCCAUGCUAUACGAUUAUGCUAGUGCAAUAUAAAGAUUGUUUUAACAAUAAGUAUUAGAUAGAGAAAUAUUUGUCCUGUAAAUGUCCACUGCACAUUAGAGAAAGGCCUCUUGUUAAGUAUAAAGAUGUUUAUUUACGAGAUCUGUAUACUAGGUCUAGGUCUAGGUCUAGGGCUAGGUCUAGGCGCGUGCGUACUGCUAGGUAGUGAAUGAAUUACUAAGUGUACUGUACUGUAUGUACUACGGACUAAUUGUAUUUUACUAGUAAAGUGGAUGUACACGAGGGCUUCGUUCUCUGUUGACGUGGCUCCAAUAAACGUUUAUUCGAA